CUGCUGCAAUGCCAAUCUCUGCAGGUCUUGGACAGUUCUGUGCCAGGAGUGGAAGCCAGAGCAGGGAAAUGCUGUACUGUGUUCCUUCACAACAUUCUGUCCCAAAGGGAGUUGCUUCUGUCACUCAGGACGCGCUAACCAAUUAGGGCUCUCAAGCCGACUGUCAGUCAGAAUAAGGGAGGGCACUUCCGGUCAGCCAAGCAGCCUACUCCGAGGCUCUAGGCCCAGAAAGACGCUUGGGUUCCUUGUGCUUCGCUGUGACCGGCUGCCGGGAGCUGUUAGGAGAGCGGGGCGAGCUCGGAAUCCACCAUGGAAUGCAGAAGUUGCUCAGUCCAUGAGUGUCUAUGAAUCUGCUGGUCUUCAGUAAACCCUUCCAUCUGGAAGAAGUAUGCUGCAAUGCCAGUGAUGAAACAGACUUAAUACAAAGGAUGCAGUGACCUAUGAGGAUGUGCAUGUGAACUUCACUCAUGAAGAGUGGGCUUUGCUGGAUCCUUCCCAGAAGAGUCUGUACAAAGAUGUGAUGUUGGAAACCUACUGGAACCUUACUUCUAUAGGUUACAAAUGGGAAGACUACAAUAUUGAAGAAUAUUAUCAAGGUUCUAGAAGACAUGGAAGGUAUAUCAACUGUCAGUGUUCAUACAACUCAUGUGAGCAUAAGGGAUAUGGAAAGAAGCAAUAUACCUCUGUUUCUCCUGGAACAAUUAGAAGAUAUGUAGUAGUCCCCACUGUGAGAAGACAUGAUGACUGUGAUACAAGUUUAUACUCUCACAUUAGAGAAAACCCUUAUGAGUACAAGGAAUAUGGAAAUUCUUCUGUCUGUACUGAUUCACUUUGCACAUGUAGUGUGCCUCACAGUAUAAAAAAAUAUUAUGCAUGCAAUCAGUGUUGUAAAACUCUGAGUUCUUCCAGUUCUUUUCAAAGAUGUGAAAAAUCUCAUAUGGGAAGAGGAAGUGAUAAAUAUGAGCUAUGUACUGAUGACUUUAGCCAUCACAGUUAUCUGCAAACACAUAAAACAACCAAUAAUGAAGAGGAUCUCUAUGAAUGUAAUCAACAUGAUAGAACCUUUAGAUAUGAUUCCUCUAUAAAAGUACACCAAAUUACUCAUUUGGAGGAAAAACCCUAUGAAUAUAAUCAAAGUGAUGAAGUCUCUACAUGUCACAGUCUUCAUCCAAUACAUAGAACUCAUUCUGGAGUGAAAAACUAUGAAUAUCAGCAAUGUGAUAAAACUUUUGCAAGUCCCAGUUAUCUUCAAAUAUAUAAAAAAAUUUAUACUGGAGAGAAACCCUAUGGAUGUACUCAAUGUGAUAAAGCCUAUGCAUGUUCUAGUUAUCUUCAAAUACAUAAAAGAAUUCAUACUGGAGAGAAACCCUAUGAAUGUAAUCAAUGUGGUAAAGCCUUUAUACAGAAGAGUCAUCUUCACAGGCAUGAAAGAAGUCAUACUGGAGAGAAACCCUAUGAAUGUACUUACUGUGGUAAAGCCUUUGCACACAAGUAUAAGCUUCUCAUUCAUGAAAGAAUUCAUACUGGAGAGAAACCCUAUGAAUGUAAUCACUGUGGUAAAGCCUUUGCAGAGAAGUGUAAUCUUCUCAGUCAUGAAAGAAGUCAUACUGGAGAGAAACCCUAUGGUUGUAAUCAAUGUGGUAAAGCCUUUGCACAGAAGAGUGAUCUUCGAAGUCAUGAAAGAAUCCACACUGGAGAGAAACCCUAUGAAUGUAAUCAGUGCAGUAAAGCCUUUGCACAGAAGAGUAAUCUCCGUAGUCAUCAAAGAAUUCAUACUGGAGAGAAACCGUAUCAAUGUAAGCAGUGUGGUAAAGCCUUUGCACAGAAGAGUAAUCUUUUUAGUCACGAAAGAAAACAUAUUGGAGAGAAACUCUAUCUAUGUAAUCAAAGCGCUAAAGCCUUUACACUGGAGAAUUUUCUCAUUCAUAAAAGAAGUCAUACAGGAGAGAAAGCCUAUGAAUGUAAUCAAUGUGAUAAAGCCUUUGCAAGGAAGAGUCAUCUUCUCAGUCAUGAAAGAAUUCAUACUGGAGAGAAACCCUAUGAAUGUAAUCAAUGUGGGAAAUCUUUUGCACGUAGCAGUAAUCUUCAUAGGCAUGAAAAAUGUCAUACUGGAGAGAAACCCUAUGAAUGUAACCAAUGUGAUAAAGCAUUUGCACGUAAAACCCAUCUUCAGAGUCAUGAAAGAUGUCAUAAUGGAGAGAAACCCUAUGGGUAUAAUCAAUACAGUAGAGAUUUUGCAUGUAACAGUCCCCUUCAGAUAAAGGAAAUAACCUUUAUUGGAGACAAACCAUAUGAAGGUAAUCAAUGUGGUAAAGACUUUUCACAGAACAAUUAUCUUCACAAUCCUGAAAGAGAUUUUUCUCGACAAAACCCCAAUGAAUGUAGUCAGUGUGGUAAAGUCUUGCCAUGUUGCAUUGUCCUUCAAAAUCAUGAAAAAUUUCAUACUGGUGAAAAUCUCCAUGAACCUAAUGAGUGAGUCAAGCCUUGCAGUCCACAUGUUUUUCCCACUGAGCUGUCUCACUGGUGCUUGAGUUAGUAGAGUCUCUCCUUAGUUAAAAUAUUGUCCCUUUCAAGUUGUUAACAUAUUGUAUUCCAAGAAUACAGAAACAUGAUUUCAGUAAUAAAAUAUAUUUUCAAAUGAAACUAAUAUUUAUAUUGUCAAUCAUUAUUUUUAGAUCAUGUUACUGUAUUCUGAGGACUAAAUACUUUUUCUUAUCAUAUUCUCAGAAACAAAAAUUAAUGGCAGAGAAUUUUAUCACCAAAUUUGAUUGCGGGUAAGCCUGAUUCCCUGAUAUUGUGUUCCAGGAUGGCCUUUUUAUAAAUAGAGAUCUUUUCUCAAAAAAUCCAAAACAGGGUUUUGGAAAUAUGGUUGCAUUUCCACAGGACUCAGGAUCAAUUCUCAGCACUUACGUAGAAGCUCACAACUGUCUUAAAGUCCAGUUCUAGGGGAUACAACAGGUCAUACAGGCAUACAUUCAGUCAAAACACUUUUUGAUAUAAAAGAAAAAUAAGUAAUCAUUUUUGAAAGUAUUUGUCACAUAGUGUAACUUUCUCUAGCAUAAUGUGGACUCAUUUCUACUCAGCUAAGUCAUUUGUUGGGGUCAUUCACACCAAGAGAAUUGUGUUAACAAUUUAAAUAAGCAAUGUGCAGAGUCCAUUCACAAAGGGAUUGAAAUCUUCACUGAAGAAGUAGCAAGGACUUUCAUCACCUGCAAAUGAUGGAAGGCAGAAGGGGUAAAGGGUCAGAAGCAUCUUCAUUUUUUGUACUAUAAUGACAUCUUUGGGACCUGGAGAGUUGACUCAGUAGUACUGCUGUAGCUGAAAGUUUUCUCCUGUGUCCCACUUGGCCUGCAGUCAGGACAAAUCUCUUUCACAAGCUGGUCCCACAGCCACUUGGAUCCAAAGAAACACAC